AUGCUUAAUUUUAUUGCAUGCGUUUCUGGGAAAGAAUCGGUUAAUAGUUUACGUGUCAUCGGGGCCGUGAAAAUAAAUGAUGAAGAACCUCUCAACUCGGACCAGAUCAGAAGCAAUAUAAAUAAACUAAAAUCGAAGUUGAAAAAGGUUACCAAUACGAUAUAUCAAUGUUUGUUCUUUGCUGUAAGUAAUAUACCUAUAUCUACAUUAACGUGGAGAGAUCCAUUGGGGAGUCAAGUUAUUUCCGAUAAAUCAGAUGUAGUAAAGAAUUUACCUAAAAAUUUGCGGGAUUCUUUCAUGAAACCAGUGCGAGAAAUGGUGCCUCAAUCUCUCCCAUCAAUCAUAGAGAAUACAUGUGAUGAAUUUGUGAAAAAAUUCGUUUCUCGUAACAACCGUCUACCCCAAGCCCUUUUGCAUGAUGGAACGUGGAAAGAGUCUGAUGAAAAGCUAGUAGAAGUUGCGAAUGGAAUUUUGGAAACACUGAGUAAUUCUUGGAAUAAUCCGGCAUUUGGACCUGAGCACGCCGAAUCGCUGAACGAGGGUACAUAUGUGACUAACAUGAUAUUACCUGCACUCCAGGCAUCACUAAAGAAUCUCCCUUACGGAAAGACUUGUUAUAUUACCACUUUCGAACGACAAAGCAUCGCCAGUGCGGAUAGAAGAGGAGAGGGGCGAUCAGGACGACGGUCAGAUAUUAUUUUUGUUAAGAUAGAAGAUGAUUAUGUAAAGCUGUGGCGUGAAGUUAAUGACGGUAUGUAUUGGGUUUAUAAAAGCCGUAGACCUGAGAAAGAUCAAUUUGGAAUAAUUGGAUUACAAGUUGCAGGGUCUUUGUUACGAUUAUCAGUACUUAUCAGAGAUAGUGCAAAUGUUGAUCG